UUUAUUUGCAAUUUUUUAUUUUUGUUAGGUCCCGGAAUCAUCUAAUGUUGUACACAAUAACCUUUGGAUUGCUAGAGCUGGCCAAACCAAGUAUUUUCCAGGCGCAGUAUUCAGAACAUUUAGAGAGAGCACUUCAAGCAUAUAUUGAUAUGUGUCAAUCAUACUUUAAUAGACGAGAUACGUUCUACGGAUUGAUCGAUAGAUUCGUCCAGUUUUUACUCAGCUGGUUGGCACACGGAGGCAGCGCUGCGGCUAGGGCCUCCCAGUUUUUAAGCCGACAUGCCGGGGUACUAGUUCAGCUCUCCUCUGCUCCAGGGACAGACAAGAUGCACUCCCUCAGGAACCUUCUCUCCUCGUCCUUCUCCACCAGCCAGGAGAUGAAACAGAUCAAGGAGAUACAGAAGGAUAUAUCUAUUUCAUCCACUCGUAACCAACUCAAUUCACAGUUGAUCCCUGGGAGUGUUGUGCCGCUAGACAAGGAAGGAGAAUAUCUGUACAAUGAACUUGUACAUGCAGAAACUCAAGACCAGCUGGUUGGUCUCAUGCAGGAUAUGUUAAGUAUGUGUGUACCUAAACCUGAAAUGCUGAUUAACUACCUGGAUGAACUACUGGACAAUAUCUCCUCCAGUAGUCCUGGUGUACGUACUGUCGCAUAUUCCUGUUUAACUCGUCUACUCCGUCACUCCCCCUCCACGUGGGCAGCUGUUCUACCUUCAUAUCUAGCAGCUCUAGAGUGCGGAGACGAGGGAGUAGUUGGCUCUGCCCUGGAGAAUUUAUCCGCCGUGGUGAUUGUAUCUCAGGAGAAGGCGGAGGAAAUUCUUACCACAGUUUUCAGGUUGGGUUUAUACAGUGGUAUUAAUGUUCUGGGACCUGUAGCGGAAACAUUGUCAAUUUUGAAUCUGCAGAUUGGAAAUUAAAUAUUUGCUUCUAAUUAUUGAAUCAAAAUUAAAUUUUGUUAUUCAGUUUGAAUAAAAGUAGCAAUAACUCA